AUGUGGAAUGAACGUGCUCAGGAGGAUUGCUCUAGCUGGAUGAAUCAGGUAUUAGCCAUCAAAGGUUGCCGUGUGACUGGCCACCUUGUCACCUGGUUCUUAAAUGGUGGUAAUGCUACUCAAACCAAAUCUUUAAGUUCCGGUGGCAGUGGAUUUGGUGGUGGUUCGCUUGGCACCUUUGCCGAACGUGCAGUCAUCAAUGAUAUAAAAAGUAAGCAGCUCGGUUUUGGCCAGAAGCCCGAUUACAUCACUGUGAAAGGAACGGUGAACUUCAUUAAGCAUGAUACUGGCAUUUACUACCAGGCUUGUCCGAAGUGCCAGAAGAAGGUUGUGGCUGAUGUAGCACAGAACUACACGUGCGAGAAAUGCCAAACUUCCUACAGCACUUGCGAGAAUCGCUAUAUUCUUUCGGUGAUGAUGCUGGAUCACACAGCCAGCACAUGGACAACCUGCUUCAAUGACCAAGGUAAGGUGGUGAUGAACGGCCGUACCGCGGAUGAAAUUGGCGAACUUCGUGACACGAACUUAGCACUAUUUGAGUCAACUUUUAAGGAAGCGUUGUUCAAGCAGUAUGUGUGCCGGCUUCGAGUGAAAGCUGAAAACGUACAGGAGGAACUUCGUGUCAAGGCAGGUGUUGUGAGCAUAGAACCUGUCAACUUUGUGCAAGAAUCGAAGGACCUGCUACAAGCAAUCGCGCAGUACAAUUAA